AUGGACGGAAUGGAAGAUUUCCCAGCCGACUUCACCAAACCUUUUAUAAUUCCUUUUACUUAUUUAAAGAGAUGCAAUUUUGUAUUUUUCAAUAACGACAUACCUUUCUGGAAAAAGCAAUGGCGGUUCGUGAUCGUGAUAGUGGUAGUGAUUCUUAACUUCAUCUCUAUGUGGAUUUACUUCUUUCAAGUGUUUGGGCUGCAGACAAGUACUUCGGACAUGGCAUUCGUUGCAUGUGCUUGCCUUAUCGGACUCCAAAGUAUUUUAAAAGCAACAGUUUUGCUACCAAAGAGUAAUGAUAUCGAACACCUGAUAGAGGGUUUAGCUAAGAUGUGGAAGACAAAAAAUUUAAGUGUUGUUCAAAUUAAGGAAAAAAAUCGGCGACUGGAACAAUUAAACUUUAGACAAACAGCUUUGUACUGGGGUACUACAAUAGGAACUUUACAAAAUGUAUUUCUUCAGCUGUUUAAUACAGUAAUUGGGAAAAUUCGUCACAAAGAUUUUGAUUUUCUUCUACCAUUCGGAUACGUGUAUCCUUUUGAUCCUGUGAAGAAUUGGGCACGGUACCUACUGGUGUAUGCUCUCCAGUCAUAUAGUAUAAUCCAUUUGGUUCACUACUACCUGGGCGCAGAGUGUUUGCUUGUGACUUUAUGCUGUCAACUUAGUACGGAAUUUGCUCUGCUACGGGAGGACAUUCAAUAUCUUAUACCGAUGUCCGAUAGAAACAGAAUGCCUGAAGAAUUUACUGUGGAUAAUAAUAUGACAAUUGAAGCAAUGAUCAAAAAUCACCAGGAAUUAAUUAAAUUGGCGCAGGCAUUGAAUCAUAUUUUUAAUCGGAUGGUUUUCGUAGACUUGUGGUUCUUCGCCAUGAUAUUAUGUUUUUUCGCCGUUGUUUUAUCGAGUACGGGAAUAGCAGACUCGGCGUAUGAGAACCCAUGGUAUGAGGGAGAAAUACGUUAUCAGAAAACCAUCCGAUUUAUCAUCAUGAGGGCUCAGCUUCCUUGCUAUGUGACAUCUAUAAACUAUGUACCGAUAACUCUCAACACCUUUACAACAGUUAAUUUGGAAGAUGUAAUUGAUAUCCCCAUCCAGAACGAAUUAAGAUGCUUUGCUAGUCUCCAUGAGGACUUGACAUCAAGUAUGUACAGCCAGAAAAGCCCAUCUAUAAAAGACAUUACAGAUGAAAUACAGGAAACUAAAACAAAUAAUGAGCGUAUUUUAAAAGCAGUUGUACUUCUUCCCAAAAAGAAAGAUAUUGAAAACCUUAUAAAAGGUUUAGCUAUGAUAUGGAAGACUGAUAAUCUGAAUCAUCUUCAAGUUAAGCAGAAAAAUCGUCGCCUAAAGCAGUUAAACUUCGGUCAAUCAGUUUUUUACUGGGGCACCACAAUUGCUAUAAUUCAAAAUCUUGUUCCUCAGUUGAUAUUAACAGUAUUAGGGAAAAUUCGCCAGCCAGACUACAAAUUUAUACUGCCACUCGGUUAUGUGUAUCCUUUUGAUCCUGUCAUGAACUGGGGGCGAUAUCUACUUGUGUACGUUUUCCAGACUUACACUCUGCUUCGCUUGCUGUUCUUCUAUCUGGGCAUACACUGUUUGCUCAUAACGUUAUGCUCCCAACUUAGUACGGAGUUUGCUCUUUUACGGGAGGACAUAAAAAAUGCUUCCCCGAUGCCAAAUAAAAGCAAAAUGAGUGAAGAAACAAACGUGGAUAAAAGUAUUACAAUUGAAAUAAUUGUAAAACAACACCAAGAACUAAUUAAACUGGCGCAGUUACUGAAUUAUAUUUUCAAUCGAAUGGUUUUUAUUGACUUUUGUUUCUACGUAUCUCAUGAUGCUCUAGAUAAGUUCACCAAUAUAGUGACUAUAUUAGCCCUUCUGGUUAUGGUUUACCUAUUCUGCUACUACUGCGAAAUGCUGAAAGAGGAGAGUGCGGGAAUAGCAGAAUCUGCGUAUGAAAACCUAUGGUACGACGGUGGAACACACUAUCAUAAGACUAUCGGAUUUAUUAUCAUGAGAGCACAGAAUCCUUGCUACGUGAUGUCUUUAAACUAUGCACCAAUAACUCUUAACACUUUCACAAAGGUAGUCAGCACAACUUGGUCUUACUUUUCUUUAGCGACAACAAUGUGCGGAACUGACAAAGAGUAG